AAGAAGAUGAGAAAAAAAUCGUGUCUUUCUCUCUCAAGAUCGAUCGGCGAAUCCUUUUCCAUGGAGAAAUUUAUUAAUAAUUUUUCUACAACUGGAGAAAUGAUUGAUCUAUUGGAGAAGAUGAUCAAAUCCUUUUGCAGAGCUCCGUAAUCUCCUUCUUUCUCUAUCUAUCUAUCUAUCUAUCAAUAUACUCAGGAUUUCAUUAUUGUUAUAAUUGAUCCACCUUUCAUCGGUUUAAGAACAUCCAAUCUUCGAAUGCUUGCAAUUGAUUGAACCUACUACUUCAAGGCGUUGAUUCGGAGAAAACUCGGCAAUGACAGAGUUCUAGGGUUUCACCGUUGGACAAAAUUGGUAAGCUGAAUCCACAUUAUCGAAAAUGUUGAAGCAAAUUCUAAGCAAAAUCCCUAGGAAAUCAUCAAAAUCGGAUUCAAUUGGUUCACCGAGAAGAGAUUCAUCUGCCCGCGGCAGUCAGGUUUCUUCCAAUUUGCAGCGAACGACAAGCGGUACUGUGUUUUCGUCGCGAACAGCAAAUGUAGUCAAACGGAUCGCGAACGGGACUGUUUUCCCUGCAGCCGGCGUGGGAGUUGUUGAGCCUCCUCCUCCAUUAUUAUUAUUAUCGUUCAAAGAUGUACCAAGUUCAGAGAGAAUCAACCUGUUCAUCAGUAAGCUAAAUCACUGCUCUGUAGUUUUUGAUUUCAAUGAUCCAAGCAAAUGUAUACAGGAGAAAGAACAUAAACGUGUAAUUCUCAUAGAUCUCGUAGAUUUCGUUGCUUCUAAUCCUCCUAAAUUCACAGAACAAGCAAUCAUCUCCAUGUGUAAAAUGACUGCAAAUAAUCUGUUUAGGUCUUUUCCUCAUAACAACAUUAGGUCUGCUACUACUAUCAUUGAGUUAGAAGACGAUGAACCCAAGUUUGAUCCUGCAUGGUCCCAUUUACAAUUGACAUACGAACUAUUACUAAAGUUCAUCACAUCACCAUCUCUAGAAGCAAAAGUUGCAAAGAGGUACAUAAAUCAUUCAUUCAUCUCUAAACUGCUAGACCUUUUCGAUUCCGAAGAUCCAAGAGAAAGAGAAUGCUUAAAAACAAUUCUCCACAGAAUCUACGGGAAAUUUAUGAUCCACAGGCCUUUCCUCAGGAAGAGUAUGAGCAAUGUGUUCUAUAGGUUCGUGUUCGAAACAGGGAGUCGACAUUACGGAAUUGCAGAGCUUCUGGAGAUUUUAGGGAGUGUAAUUAGCGGAUUUGCUCUACCAUUAAAGGAAGAACAUAAGAUCUUCUUUACUAGAGCAUUGAUUCCUUUGCAUAAGCCGAAAUGUCUGGGGGUUUACUUUCAACAAUUGUCGUACUGUAUUACUCAGUUCAUUGAAAAGGAACCGAAAAUGGCGAGUAUUGUGAUAAGGGGGUUGUUGAAACACUGGCCGAUUACAAGUACUCAAAAGGAGGUGCUUUUAUUGGGUGAGAUUGAAGAAAUCUUGGAAGUUAUUAGCAUGGCUGAGUUCGAAAAGGUUAUGGCUCCAUUGUUUUGGCGGAUUGGCUGCUGCAUUAACAGUUGCCACUUUCAGGUGGCGGAAAGAGCUCUGUUUUUCUGGAACAACGAUCAAAUUGUGAACCUUAUUGCACAUAAUCGGCAUGUAAUCUUACCAAUCAUAUUCCCAGCACUCGAGAGAAAUGCUAAAAAUCACUGGAACGAGUCUGUGCUGAACUUGUCCAUGAGUCUAAGAAAGAUGUUCAUCGAUAUGGACGAUUCACUAUUUAUGGACUGCGAAACGUAUUUCAAGGACGAACGAGAGAAGAUAAGCGUAGAAGAGAAUAAACGCAAGGAAAAAUGGGAACGCGUUGAGAAAAUGGCAAAAAUGCAGCCGGUUACAGGUAAAACCGCGGUAAUGGUCACUCCUUUUGCAAAUUCCAUAACAUGUUAAAUGUGGUGGCAUUUGCUUCUUUUUUUCUUUUUCUUUUUUUGGAAGGAUGAAACUCGUCAAUUAAGGAGUCACACUUUCCACUUAUGAAGCAAAACACUCUAACCACGAGCUAUACUAGGUUGGAGGCCUUUCCCUUUGAAGAAGGGACAAAAGGGAAAUAUGUAUUAUCCUUUGUUUUGAAGAGGAAAAUCAUGUUAAAAGCAUGUUGUUGUAACUUUUUCAUUGGUUCUCCCAAUUUUCUAAUGAUAAGUUAGUUAGAGCUUGUUUGAUCUUGGGGUUUAUUGAAAGAUGGAGAAAUGCAAACUCAAAAAAAUACUAAGGUUAUGUUUGGACGUGUAUAGUUGGAAAUAGAAUUGACAUUCUAAUUUUUCAUUUUUGCUACAGAAUUGAAACAUUUAUUAUAUGGAGAAUGUUAGUUUGGCCUUCACA